AUGGCUUCGAAGCAUGGCUUCGAAGUAUUGGUGCAAGGACUUGGUUGCAUGGGCCUAACCGGUCAUUAUGGUGCUUUUGACACCUCCGUUAUGUAUGGCCCUGAGACAAAGGAAGUUCUCCUCGGAAAGGAUGGGGUGAGGGAGAAGAUGGCGCUUGCGACCAAAUUUGGAAUCAGUUCUGUAGAGGGGAAGAGAGGGAUAAAGGGAGAUCCUGCUUAUGUUAGGGCUGCUUAUGAGGCUAGUUUUAAGCGGCUAGAUGUUGCAUGUAUUGAUCUUUAUUAUCAGCAUCGUGUAGAUACUCUCAUGUCCCUAUCGAAAUCACUGUAA